GCUUCUACGCUUCCAAAAGGCCUUUCUAACAAACUUCUUCUACAACAGCAACUUUCCAAGUCACAAUGGCUGAGACGACCUUUGUUGAGGAAGUUCCCCUGAAUGAGGAGACCACUCGUAUCAUAGAUGAUGAGCCAAGCUCUCUUGAGGAUGCCAUCCGGAUUGUCAUUCAGAAGUCGCUUGAGGUGAACGGCCUGGUGCGCGGCCUGACUGAGGUCGCUCGCGCUCUUGACCGUAAUGUUGCUCACCUCUGCAUCCUGGCCGAGGAUUGCGACGAUGAGGAAUACAAGAAGCUUAUUACUGCCCUCGCGAAGCGCGGCUCGAUCGACCUCAUCAAUGUGGGUGAGCGUGAGAAGCUUGCUGAGUGGGCUGGACUUGUGCGCAAGAAUGCCGCUGGUGAGAUCACGAAGACGAUGAAGUGCUCCAGCGUUGUUAUCUACGAUUUCGGUGAGAAGACGCGCGCCCUGGACUACCUGCUGUCCAAGCUUCACUAAGUCAUUCUUCAUUUUCACUUUGUUUCUAUCAUCCAGUGUUACCAAGGGGGAGAUAAUUGUUUAUAAUUUGGAACGAUUCGAAUAAUACGAUCCUUAUUUCUUCCAUUUGAUUUCAUUUGGCGGUGAUUUCCAAAGGAAAAGGUGAGAUACACAUUGAGAGAUACUAGAACGCGUAAGAAGCCAUGCAUUUUGUUUUUUAGUUUCUAAAGAAAAAAUUGAACGAACACGCUUUAGACAAUCAGAAAAGACGAAGUGUUGUACACUGACGCUCCGUUUUUUGUGAUUGUUGUCGUGCGUGCUUAUA